AUGCGGACCGGCAACCAAGGCACUGCUCCACUGACUGAGGUGGAAAAAAAAUUUGUGUCGCUGAUAGGUGUUGAAUACACAUUUGGCAGUGACUACCCUGACUCUAUGGUAGAGGAAGAAACAUUACAACAUGAGGCGGAGGCUGGAGUGGAAAUGGUAGAUGUCGUUUGUUUGGCUCAAGGUAAUGAAUACCAGUUGCUUGAGACUGAGAGAGAAAAAGCAUCGCCAGCACCACAAAUCAUAACAAGUGGCAGCAGAGCCACACCUGUUGCUUCACCAGCACCUAAUCAGCAACAGGUGCAAGAAAUAACUCUGCAGUCAGCAGCACCACAAAUAACAGAGAGAGGCAGCAGAGCAGCAGCUGUCAUUACAACACCACCCACUGUACGACAGGAGAGGCCCAGAAGGAUAAGGAAUCUGAAUCCUCGCCGAUCUACUGCCGAGCAAGCGAAUAUAGCUCGGGAGGAUUUCCUGGCAGUUGCAAAAUCUAAUGUAGAUUUAAUGAGGGUAUGUUAUAACAUUACAUCUACAUUCUGA